UUAUAUAUAAUCUAUUAUUCUCUAUAAGUCGUCGGUCCUAUAAAUUUGUCACAAGAAUAAAACUUCCACAAUUUAUAUUAUCAUUUGUAUCUUUUAGAAAUUAAUGAAUUCUCAUUCUCUGUUGAAAAUCCACUGUCUUCAAAUUUAAAGUAUGGAAUUCAAUAAAAAUAAUUAAAGUUAGUGAAUGAAAUAGUAUAUUUCGCUCCUAGGACCGAAAAUUGUUUUCAAGUCCUAGGCCGUAGGCCUCUGACUAGAAAAUAUUAAGAGCUGGAAACACAUUUUUGCCCCUGGUGCGAACGCUAUUUUUCGCCACACAAAAAAUAAAGUAGGUAAUAAGUUAUAUUUAAUAUAUAUGAGAAUAAUAAUUGUGUAUUAGGCAUUUCAAAAUGGGCGCCUAUUAACCUCGGGGUGACCCUGUUAGGGAAACCGUUAGAUAGGAAAAUCGUCCGUGUCACGUACCCCAAACGUGACAAACGGUUUCCCUAUCUGUACCUACAUAUACAUGCUCUUCAUUUUUCUCGUGUCGUCCGCACAUUGAAGAAAUGCUGGUCCGGCCGUACCUCAAGUUAGGGUUUGAAUUAGAGCUUGGCUACAGUCAGCUCAUAAUAAUUAUUUUCUCGAUUAUUUAGUCAGUUAACAUCUUAUUAUAUGUUUUACUACUCGUGACUUGUGAGCUGAAAAAAUACCUUAAAAAUACUUGUGUGAGCUAUGAUCUUAAAACAGUUUUAAGUUGCAUCUAUCCUAUCGUAAAUUGUUUUUUAAUUUUACUGUACUAUUUAUUGUAUGGGCUGAAUUAGUUUUAAAUAAUAUUAUUCAACCGGAACGGCAGUUUCUUAUUAACCGAUCGUGAGUGAGAUUUUUAUUCGACUCGGAUUUACUUUCUCCUGUCUGUCUGUGUGACACGAUUACGGCCAAACGCUUUGAUAUAAUCGUAUGAGAUUUGGCAGGAAUAUCCCUUUUUUAACUAAGCGUCAAUACAUAUGUAAGGUUUUUUUUUUAAUUUUCAAUUUAAGGACAAAUAAAUACAAUUAAAAAAAUUCAAAAAACGAAUGUUUUAGACUUGGCACAUUGGGCGCAUUUAUGUACAUGAUGGAUCUUCUAGCUUAUCAGCAAUUAGCACAAAUUUUAGAAGUUCUAUCAACAUAUUUAUUUUUAUCUCUUUAGUACCGUAUCACAUGUAGCCCAUGCAUGAUUCUCAGUAAGUUCAUUUGGCAAGUAAUGACUUUGACUUCACAUUUUGCUAAUUUGCUACCUGUUCAUAAUGGCGGUAUUUCUUUACGCAGAUGUUACAAUUCAUAUCACAGAAGGUAUUAUUUAUCAAAUACUUCUGCAACAAAUUCAAUAUUAAGCUGCGUACACACCAAACUUAUUAACAAAAUGUUUAAUUUUCCGUCCUUGAAGAUUAUAUUAGAUUGACAUAACUUAUCAUACACAUGAUGUGCAUAAGUUUGUCAAGCUCCGUUUAAUCUAAUAUCUCUGGUGUAAACGCAGCUUAACACUCUUAACGUAUCGUUGGGACAGACAGGGAAUAUAUGGACUAUGAACAGACAUUAUAUUAUAAUCUUUUAAAUCAAAAUGCAGGUAUGGCUGAAGGAGAAGGCCGGGAAGGAGUCCCUCCUCUUCAAGAGGAGGAAGAUGCCGAUGUUUUGGACCAACAACCUGGUCCUGCCAAUGCAGAUGGUCCAAGACCAUCGGAAACGAUCCCUGGGCAGAGACCCGGAAGCCAUAUUUAUGCAGACGGGAACGGGUAUUAUUACAGGACUCGAAGAGUCGUCGAAGACAAGAGGUACUUACGAUGCAAUAAUCGGCAGUGCCCUGCAUUGGCGUGGAUGCGGGUCGCUGACAGGUCGCCAAUCAUACCGAGCCGCAACAGUCCACUCCACAACUGCCGACCAGAUCCGGCAGGCGGGCAAAAAAAGAAAUUCCUGUCUACCGUGAAGAGGCGGGCGAGAGAGGAAAGAGAUGUUUCCAUCCCCACCAUUUUCGCCGGUGAAGCAAUCAGACAUAGAGAUGCAGCUGUACGACUAUCAAGAUCUACGGUUCUGCGAACUAUGGCCAGAUCUAGGAGGGCGAUUCAGCCCAAAACGCCACAAUCCAUCGAAGAGAUGCGGGCGUCCCUUCAGGAAGAUCGCUUUGCCAACCUUCGUCGAACGAGAGAUGGACAGAGUGACUUCUUUGUGGCAGAAGUGGGAGGCGGAACAAUCGGGUUUGCCAGCAGGAGACUGGUUGAUGCGAUUGUCCACCUGGAUCAGGCGAACCACAUGUUCCUUGAUGGAACUUUCAAAGUCGUCCCUAGAAGCCCAGGAGGCCUGGUACAGCUGUUUACUGUACACCUAUUGUACAUGGAUGUCGUAUUCCCAAUCGCCUACUUCGUGAUGACCUCACGAACUGCAGAAUCGUAUUUACCAAUUCUGCAAUUCGUGAGACAACACCUAGUCACAUGGAGAGUGGAGUUCAUCACCACAGACUUUGAGGCGGGUCUUGUGAAUGUGGUAAUGCAGGUGUUCCCCGAGGCGCGACAUCAUGGGUGCUGGUUUCAUUUUUGCUAUGCAAUUUGGAGAAAGGUGCGUCGGAUAGCAGGUCUAGCUCAGCUAUGCCGCGAUGACCAUUUAGUAAUGCAGGUCGUUAAAAUGGUGAUGGCGCUGGCGCACUUACCAGCCGAUAACGCCCCGAACGAUCCCAAUGUGCCUCAAAAUUGCACAAUUGCUGAUGGCCUGGUUGCCAUCAGUAACUAUAUCAACGAGGCACAAAUGGAUAUCCGAUUGCAGGAGCUAAUCGGAUAUGUUCGGAGAUAUUGGUUGGGAAGAGUAGGUGCGGCUAGCAUCUCCAACUUCGGCGUGGCAAGGAGGACCAACAAUGACCUGGAGGGUUUCCACUCAAGAUUGCUUGCCAAUCUUGGGUCGCAUCCAAAUAUUUGGAGAUUCGUCAACCGGCUUCAAGACAUUGAGCAGGAAAGUUUUGAUGACUUUCAAAGAGCCAACCUGCACAAUGUCAAUGUAAGGCGGAGAAGAGGUGAGCAGCUGACUACCUCAAUCAGGCGGAGCCUCAUUGAGCUAGUCAAUCAAAGAAUAACAUUAAUCCACUUUUUGCGGACGGUGUCGCACACUGCUGAUGGAUUGAUGGGUGUUCUUGAUCCUGCUGACCAGGACGAAGACGCUGAGGCGAAUUUUGAUGGAGAUGACAUUGUAAACUGGGAGGAGUUUAUGGGGCAAGGCGUUGCACUUGUGGAAGAAGUGCCACUUGCCGCUCCACCAGCUCCAUUGGCUCCACCAGCACCAUUGGCUCCACCAGCUCCAUUGGCUCCAUUGGUAGUACGGGAUCUGCCUGAAGAAGCUCGACCAGCAGCUGGAGGUGCUCCGAGAGUUAGGAGAGGCCGUGGACGAGGACCCAGGAGAGGGAGAGUGGGACGCGGAUUCGCUGGUCGUGGCCAGGGGGAAAUUCCCAUCCCUCCACAGAAUGAGGAUGUUGGUCGGGUCCGGCCUUGCGUGAUCUGUCUGGACCAUCCUUCAACACAUAUAUGUUUGCCGUGUUUACAUCUUUGUAUGUGUGAAGGAUGUGCCCAGCAGAAUCCCGCACACCAAAUCAACCUGCGGUGUCCCUUGUGCAAUGAUUUUUGCGACCAGUAUGCUCGCGUAUUUUAUUAAAUAAUUUAAUAGAAUACACGACUAUACUGGUUGCAAUUCACAAUGUGUUGUGGCACACCUCUCCUACUUUCUUCAAGAGUUGAAGAGGAAUGCGCUCUUCCGAACCUAGUUCUUUCACAAUACCGGGUGCUAUUGACCCAAACACCAUUUAGGUACUUCUGAAACGUUCCAUUCAGUUCGGAAAAAUGAUUAUUAUUUAUUUAAUGUAAUAAAAAUGAUGUUGGAGGUUCGGCAAUACAAACAACUAUUGAUUCCAAUAAUAGUCUUUAUUCUACUGGCGUCUUUAGCCCAAAGUACAAGAAUGAUUUUGCAUUGAAAUUGUAUAUAUCCCAUUAUGUAAGGUCUUAUUACUACAUUUACAAAGGAGAAGUGACUCAUAAAAAACUAACUGGGCCCUUAUAAAAUGAAUACAAAGACCUUAAAGAUAUAGACCUUAAAGAAAUAUCUUUAAGGUCUUAUAAUGAAUAUAAUAUAAUAUAAAAUAGGUUUCAUAUCCAGAUUUCAUACCCCAAACAAUUGAUGUUUCCUUUACCAGCUCUCAAACAAAACAAGAAGGAUGAGCAAUCAGAAACCCUCCAAAAAGACAUUCUAACCUCAAAAUUGAAUAAAAUAUAUUAUGACAAAUCAUUAAUUCUUAUCAUUUUAAUUAAGAUAAAAUAUAUUAUAAUACAUUGUAAAUAUUUUUAUAUUAGUUUUUAGGUUUAAGUUUGUAAUAAAGAAAAAAAUUAAUUUAGUUACAUUUCAUAUAUACUCAAUAUUUGUGCAGUUGCAGUUUAUACUUAAUGUUUUUGGUUAUGUUAUAUUAUAAAUAAUAUUAUUUAGACCUAUUUUGAUUACUUUUAAUAAAUAUUCAAUUAUAAUAACAUUGAUUACAUUGUUUCAAUUCAUUGCACUUAACUUGUAAAGUUAUUGAGUGGCGCGCGGUUUGAAUGUUCACAUUAUAGUGUGAACAAAUUUUUGCAAAGUAAAACAAUAGAAGUUCAGUAUGUUACUCAAUUGCAAAAUAGCGAAUCUUCAAAAUAAGUACUUCUUCAUUCCCAACGUUGUAAAUAUAAUUAUCAAUUAUUUGUUAGUUAUAUAUACUGAAUUGUAAACUUUAUUCUUAUUGUAUAUAUUUUAUUAUUUUAAAAUUUACUGUGACUAUUGAAUAAUUGAUUUAGUGCAUUGUUUAUAGUAAUGAUGACAUCAUUUUAAAUUAUAUAUUACAAUGUUUCUGUAUAUAGACUUUCAUUUAUUUAUUCAAUAAACUUGUUCUACUGAAAGUAAUUUACCGAGUUUAAUGAUAAUUUAUUACUAUACCUUUUUACAAAUUCUCUGUCCUCUGUCUAGAGUCCUAGUGUAAUAAGCGAUAUGCUGCUACUAAUAUAUCAGUAAUCAAUAUAUUUCCUCACUCUGAUCAAUAAUUUGAAGAAGGCUCACCAGUUAAAAUACUCAAUUCAUUUUUAAAAUUCACCGUCAAAAAACAUGAUAAU